UGCGUGUCUGGCAUUCGGCUCUGACCUCGAUAAUGCGGCGGAUGUUUCUUCUCUUUUACACGUUUGCCGUCGCUUGGAGUUUCUCAAGAACUCAAGACAGUAAGCAUGUAAUGCGUCAGCUGACCUACUGCCACAUCGAGCUGAUGGACGCUGGGUUUGAGCUGGAGUUUGAUGGACAGGAGCUCUGGCACGUGGAUCCCACAGACUUCACCGCGAGACAGCGGUUACCGGAGUUCGCGUCGGACUGGAGACUCAACCGUAGUUUACCGUCUCAAGCGCACUACUCCAUCGGCACCUGCUUCUACAACAUCCCUCGCUGCGUCGCUGGAGAGAACAACCCUCCUCAGUCCAUCGUUGCUCCGAACACACUGCUGUACAGCGAGAGCGACGUGAAGCUCGGGGUUGAAAACACCCUCAUCUGUUCGGUGUCGAACUUCCACCCGCCGCCCGUGAACAUCUCGUGGAGGAGGAACGGAGAGCCGGUGAGCGAGCGGGACGUCAGCGAGACGCAGUAUUACUCCGACCGGGACUUCGGCUUCCGUGUGUUCUCCUACCUGAGCUUCAGUCCGGAGCGCGGAGACCUUUACAGCUGCAGCGUCCGACACCGGGGACUGCAGGAGGAACUCACCCGGUUCUGGGAGGUGGAGGAGCCGGAAGACUCUCCGGAGGUCGAGACCGCAGUGCUUGUAGUCGGGAUUCUUGUGGGAUUUCUGGGAUUUGUGGCGGGAAUCAUUCUAAUCGUAAUGAGCAAGAUGGAGCUCCCGGCUGUAUGACCAUUCACUACAUCUGCCACACACACACACACACACA